AUGUCAUCGGCUGGAGACAGUGAAGGCAUUGCAGAUGCAAAGGGGAACACAAAUAUCGUAACGACACCUGCUGUCAACGUUGAGAUGAAGCAUGAUGAAGUAGAACAUCAUGUUGAAGGACAGCUCCAAGAAGAUAAGGGCGAAGAUGGUAAUGCUGGACUGCCCAUAGACCGUGGAUGGGCCUGGGCUAUACUUGGAGGUUGCUUUCUGAAUGCAAUGCUGAUGGCAGGGUACAACAAGUCUAUGGCUUUGUUCUUUGUGGAGUACCUGGAUAUGUUUGGUGCGUCCUCAACCACCACGACCCUCAUAAUGGGAGUGAAGGCAAUGACAAAGAGUAUGAUGUCCCUGGUUACGAUGCACGUUCUUCUGGAGUUUCUGGGGACAAGGAAGACAGUCAUGUUGGGAGGAUUUCUCAGUGCGUCAGCCAUACUCUCAGCCACCUUUGCUCCCAAUAUUGAAGUCAUCAUAUGUGUUCAUAGUGUUCUUGCAGGUAUUGGUCAUUCAAUGAUACACGCACCUGCUAUAGUCCUGGUGGGCAAAUACUUCAAGAAACGCAGAGGUCUCGCUACCACCACCGCAAGUACUGCAAUUAGCUGUGCAUCAGGACUGUUCCCGAUUUUUUCACAAUAUCUCCUGGACGAAUAUGGCCUCCGUGGAACUUUGCUUAUAUUUGCUGGCCUCACAAUGAACAUGUGGGUAGGAGCAGCCCUUUUUCGUCCU